AUGUCCCGCAAACAGGCGGGCAAGGCCCGGCCCGCCCCCGCCGCCAGGAAGGGCCGCCGGCCCCGGCAAUCCCCCGCCGGAGCGGCCCCGGGCCCCGCUGCGGGCGGCAGCGGCGGCUUCGCCGGGCAGCUCCGGGCCCUCGGCCUUAAGCUGCGGGAAGUGCCGGGAGAUGGGAACUGCUUGUUCCGGGCGCUGGGGGAUCAGCUGGAGGGGCACUCCCGGAACCACCUGCGCCACCGCCAGGAGACCGUGCAGUUCAUGCUGCGGCAGCGCGCCGACUUCGAGCCCUUCGUGGAGGAUGAUGUGCCCUUUGACAAGCAUGUUGCCAAUUUGGCCAAGCCUGGUACUUUUGCUGGCAAUGAUGCUAUCGUGGCCUUUGCAAGGAACAAUCAAAUGAAUGUGGUUAUUCAUCAGCUCAACACUCCACUGUGGCAGAUCCGGGGCACGGACAGGAGCGGCGCCAGGGAGCUGCACAUCGCCUACAGGCACGGCGAGCACUACGACAGCGUCCGCAGGCUCAGCGACGACUCGGAGGCGCCGGCCCACCUUCGGAUGGAGAUGCUUUGCAAGAACGAUUCCAAUAAGGCAGAGGAAGUGAAGCCACAGAAGGGCAACUCUGAAGAUGAGACUGAGGUGGAGAUAGAAGAUGCUGUACAAAAAGUGUGCAGUGCAACUGGGUGUUCAGACAUGGAUUUAGUAAGCCACGUUCUUGAGGUGGAGGACUACAACGUGGAGUCUGCAAUAUUUGCCAUCUUGCAGAUGAAGGAAGGGGAAGGAAUAGGUGCUGAGGAGCAGCAGGAGCCCCCAGGCAGGGAGCAGAAAUCCUGCAGCAGGACGUUGUGGGAAGAGAAUGGAACUGGUUCAAGAAUCUUUGGAAAUCAGAGCUUGCAUCAAGGUGAAGCAGAGAACAACAAGGGACAAGCUGCAUCCAGGGAAGAGAACCGAGCCAGCAGAAACCCAAAGGUGGCCAAGAAGCAAAGGAGGGAGCAGCAGCGGCUGGAGAAGAAGAAGCGGCAGGAGGAGAGGCACCGGCAGAAGGUCCUGGCCACCAAGAGGGACAGUGCAGACACCAGGACAGAGACAGACCCAGCCAGCCAUGUCACCCUGGUCAAGGCCAUGGCAGCCCUAAACAUAUGACUCAGUGCUCUGAUGAGAAAAGCAAAUAAAACUGAUGAAGACAAAAUUCCCCCAGGAGAAUUUCCAGGCACCCGUGUUUAUCUUGAAAUCCAUCUCUGCUGGGAUUUCCAAACACAAGAGAACUUCCUCUUCCUUUGCUUGUGGGGAGGACAAUUGCUCAUUGAUUCUGCAUCAACCUGUGGUGAGAAGAGUUGUUUAAACUUAACAGGAAGUAGAGACUUGGGUCUAUAAUCUUGGAGUUACAUGAAGGUCAGGACCUCUUCUUCACGCAACGGUGUCAGAUUUAUUUUGACAUCUCUUGAUGUGCCUGGUUUUGUUUUGUUUUGUUUCUUUUAUUUGGUUAUGCCUGGAGGAGCUUUAUUUUACCUUGCUGUCAGGGUGUCAGACAAUCUCUUAACAAAUCUCAACUCAGGAAUAUCUCUAGUGGAUCUUUUUCUAUUUAAAUUCAAAUAAAGUAACAAAACAGAGUCCCAGAA